AUGACUUCCACACCAGCAUCGAGCGAUAGCGUCGCAGAAGCCCACAAGACGCUCUUCGACGAAGGUCUCAAAAUUCGCUAUGAGGUCGCCGGCAAAUCGUACGUAGACAAAGCUCUUGUCAAUGGAUCGUCGGAAUUCGCGCGGCCAAUGCAAGAACUAGUCACUGAAGCAUGUUGGGGCUCUGUAUGGUCAAGACCAGGCUUGGAACGAAAGACGAGAUCGAUGUUGAACAUGGCAAUGCUGUGCGCGCUGAAUCGGGGGCCGGAAUUGGCGGUGCACGUUAGAGGGGCUUUGAACAAUGGAGCUUCGGAGGUGGAGAUUCGGGAGGUUCUUCUGCAGGUGUCUAUCUACUGUGGAAUGCCCGCUGGUUUGGAGGGGUUCAAGAUUGCCGAGAAGGUCAUUUUGGACGUUGCCAAAGAGAAAGAAUCCGCGCGAGGAUGA